AUGGUAGAAGGCGUUUCUGAAAAUGAUAAUAUACAUACAGAAGAAGCUUAUAAGCCUAACGUCAGAUGGGCUAUACCGCAAAAACUGGAUAACUUAACUUUUGUUGGGAAGGACGUAUGCGCUGUAGCUUUUGAUAUUUAUAUAAUAUUUUUCAAUUUUAAAACAAAUACUGAGCUCGUGUAUACGGCUAAUAGCGAUGACAAAGGAGACGGUGUUGAUGUGAUUGCAGAUCCAGAUGUUAAUCGUUACAAGGGGCUGUGCAUGAUGGAAUCCGACCUUAUAGCUGGUUUCAGCGGAUUUCCUAAUUACCUCAUGUCUGUGUGGAGCUGGCGAACACACCAAAGGCUUAUCUCCAUUUCUACAGAUGUGAUUCGUCGCAAGCAGAUUUAUAUGGCGAGCCGUACUCAUAUGAUGAUAUGUCAAUGUUGGGGAGAAGGUAUUACAAUUUGGGAAGUAGCGCAAUGCUACAAACGUUGCUUCGUAAUGAAACGUACCAAGGAAGAAGUUACGGGAUGGGCAGUGUCAGAACCUAAACUCGUAGGAACAUGCUGGAGCAACGAAGGACAGUUGUAUGCUAUUGAUGAAAAAGCUAACCUGUAUAGUUUGCUGUCCGAUGGUAUAGGCAUGGUAUCUAAUUUGGACUGGUCGGACAACCUUAAAGGUACUCGAAUGCCAUGCAUGUGUUCUUUCAGUAAUGGCAUCUUGAUCUACGGUCCUGAUAAAUGUAUACGGUCUCUCAAAAAGGCAGAACACAAGUGGCAAGUUGUUUGGAAAUACACACCAGAAGACGACGUGGAACGCCUAGUGUCGAAUUCGACAUCAGACAUGGCCGUCAUGUGGACGAAGAAAGGCUUUGUAUAUAAAAUAAUCGGUGAAUCCGAGGAAAACAUUGAAGUGAAGCUAUUUAGUUUAAAGCAAAGAAAUAUUAUAAAUAUUCGAUUAAUUGCCCCAGAACAUACGUACAUCGCCGCAAUGAAUGAUUCAGGCGUUUUAUGUAUUUACGAGGCAAUAACUGCAGAAUUGGUACUUGUGAAAUAUAUCAGCGGAGACGAUGUUUCCUUUGAAACAAGCCCAGUAGACCCUUUAAUAGUUAUUUUUGGAGAAGUAGGCAAUAACUACGGAAUUGCUCUGUAUACCUUUAGUUUAAAGACGGGCUUAGAAAAAGUUGGCAGCAUGUGUCUUACCCACCAAAUCGUGUCUCGUGUGGUAUUCUCACCAACAGGAAGGGAAUUAGUUGCUGCUGCUAUGUCAGCUGGCCAUAUAUUUAUCUUGAAGUUGUCAGAAAAUUAUUCACUUAGCUUAAUUAGAUACACGGAAUUAGGACGUGGUCUUGCAGAUUGUUUCCUGAUGAAAGUAGGAGAAUCAAUCAGAGCAUUUAGCCUGGUGCUAUUCUCGGAUAAAUAUGCUAUAGGUGAACGUAUAAUCUGCAUGAAUGCGGAGACGGGCAAGGAUAAUAAGUUUGCAGGAAAAAUGGCUGGUCCUUAUGCACAGUUGGUUCCUUUGAAGACUCGUGAUACAGCUCUCGCAGUACCACAUCUCACCUCACAGAUGCACGUGCUGAAACUCUCUGGGGAGAAAGGUAUAACAGUUUCCGUAAAAAUGGGCCCGAUAAUAGAGACGGGGCAUCACCUCAAGCAAUUUAUUGCAUUUAUCAACACCGGAGCUUUGCUAACAUAUGGCGCUGAUGGAACAGUCAUCUUACGAGAACCUACUGCACCUGACGAAUACGAGCUUCAACUUAUCGUGACGCAUAGAUACGAAAGUGGCGUAAAACAGGCAGUAAUCGACGCAGAUAACCGUUACAUUGUUUCUCUCGCGAAUAAUAAGGCCUUAGCUGUUCAUUUCUUGCAUGAAGAAAAAUCACAACGUCGCGAGCUGCAGCACACGCCUGUACACCUAAGCCUUUUCAAUAAAAGCACUAAUAUUAUUACCAUCAUCGGCGAAAAUGAUAAAAACUAUUUGGACCUGCAAGAAGAUAAGAAAGUUAAAGAAGAAGCUAUGGAUUAUAAGAAACAACGUGAUGAACUUGUAAAAUCAUUAGAGUCGAUACAGUCCCGAGUAGUUCACUUACUCGAAGAAAAUCUCGCUGAAUGUCCGCUUCACCAGCUUUCCCUGUCUGAAUUCAACCUUCAUGUUGAACAUAAGAAAGAACGAAUUAAACAGGCGGAGAAAGAACGUGAACAAAUUCGUCUCGAAACCGAAGCUCGUAUCCGUGCGCAGGAUAAAGUGACGGCGUGGAUAAAAAGCCAGUGCUGGGACACAAUGCUCUCCCCACGAGUUAAACUGUUUGCCAUAUUCAGUCAUUAUCAGGUAGAGAACUACGCGGUAUUGCCGACUCAACGCGACAAGUGGCCAGAGUUGCAGCAGAUAGAGGCUCUGCGUAGCGUUGAAAUGGAAAACGCUGCUGACGUGUUCCGGCCGUGGGAGGAGCCUGUUGAACGACAGAGUGUGGAGGAGACUUCAAUAAAAAUCGGGCCGGCGUCAUCAAUAUCAUUAAAGGAAGUCCGCAAAAGUUUGGAGAGUCAAAUGAUGGCGGAAGUGUUGGAGCAAGAUGAUUCAGUGGAAGGAGAACCCUACGUUCUUGCAGGCUCUAAUGCACAUCGCUUCAUCGAGAUACCAACGUUCAUGAUCCCGCAGACUAUGGCAUUUAGCUUUCUGCAGAUGAACUGGUUGCAGCAUAUUGUUAAAUUAAAGGUUCAAAAUAUGAGACUAUGGUUUAACAAGCAAUUUGACGAUUUGAUGGGUCAGAAAAAACGAGAGGUUGGUCUCGUAGAGGAGAGAAAUGCUCGCCUUCGUUUCAUAAUAGAUGAAUUGAACAAACUCUCGGAUUUACGUGGAAGCUUUCAUCAUCUAGCUAUAGAGAUCCGUAGUCCCGACUGGCGACAGGAGGAGCAACCACAAAAACUAAUUAAAGUUGAUCCUGAAGAGUGUAGCAUCGAGCCAUACGUGAGUCCAAGCCAAGUGGUGAUCCCGCCGCCGGAGCCCAAACCCAAGGAUGAUUUCCGCGAGCGAGCGCUCAUGUACAUGAUGGACGGCGUACUAGAGAAACUCUGGCACGAGGAGAUAAAAAAGCCUAUACCAAUGCCACUUUGUAUGUUGGAGAAAGAUCCCGAACACUUUAAUGAAGAUGACUUACGGCUGGUAUUUGAGUAUGAAGCAAAAGUCGCUGCCAGAAAUGAAGAGAGAGACAAAUAUCGCAAAAUGCUCCAUGCAGAAUACGCGAAGCUGUCACAAGUUCUUAAUGAAGGAGUUGUAAAAUUUAAUCAAAAAGUGAAAGAAAUGUGGUUAACAAAAUUAAAAGUUGACUCAGUGAUUGGUCAAGAAAAUCUAAAUUUAAUGCGUUUACGCAGAACCAAUUUAGACCGUGUUGAGAUGGCAGAAAAAUUAGAAGAAAUGAGGGAUGAUAUAAAAAAAUAUGAAGGAGAAGUGGAAAUAUUACAAAAAGAACUCCAUUUAAUACAAGAGCAAAGCGAAGAGUGUCAGGCGACUUAUGAUAGUCUUACGCAAAAGGACAAGUACCUAGAUCGUACCUUUAAGAAUCACUUUGCUGAUCUCUCGCCGAUUAUUGUGGAUCAAUGUUAUAAAUUUUUUAAGAAAAGACCAAAAUGGCACCAACGUGCCACAAUGAUUCCGGUGGUUCUCUACGAUUUAGCGAAUGCCGUACUUACCGGUGUCCGUCCACCGCUUCUACAUACAGACUGUGUGGAGUUCUUUAAGGGGGUUGAAGUGUUGGAUCAAAUGAGCAACAUGCCACCUGUAAUGGAUGAAGGACUCUGGAUAACGAUGUGUAAACUUCGACGUGCUAAAAUUGAGAACGAAAUAAGGAUGCGGGCGAUAGCACAGGAGAUGUCAUACGUGGAGUGCGCGGCGGCCACGUGGCGCGCCGCCGCCGCCGCGCGAAGGCAGCGCCUGGCGCGCGCCACCGACCUCGUCGCGCAACACCGGGAACAAGUUGAAUUGACUGCUCGGAACAAUACUAUUCAGUUGGUACUGCCAGCGGGACAAGUGGAGAUAAUAACGACAGGCCACAUGGAGGAUUAUGAAGAUGCCACACUUAUACUACGCGAAGAGAUAGAAAAAGUUAAUAAUGUCAUACUGAAAGUAGGUGAUUGGAAACUGAAAAUGAUGAAAAAGCAGAUAGAGUUCCGUAAAGGAAUCCUAUCAAAAGAAUGGGAACAUGCGCAGAUGAAAAUGAAAUUGCGUCAUAUGGAACAAGAGCUGUACUCUUAUCAAAGACUAAAGGUACCAAAAGAAUUGCAAAGCUAUCUUAAGAAUAAGGAACUUGGUUACACCGAUGAGCAAGAUUAUGUUAAAAUGGAGAAAGAAAUGGAAGCAUCAAAAAUAUCAGUCAACAAGAUCCUUAAUGAACAAAUACGCCAAGUUGAGGAGCUGGAGUUGAAAAUGAACGAAUUAGAAGCGCAAGCGCAACAGCUGGAGAAGUUAAUAGUAGCGCUCAAUGUUAAAGUAUCGGAAAAGAAGCUUAACGAAGACCCACUGGAACCGAUCCGAAUCAGACGCAUCUUCAAGAAGCGCAUGGAGACUCUCGUACAGCGCAGCCAGCUGAUCCGCGAGGUGCAGAGCAACCACACGCGCGUGGUGCUGCUGCAGACCGAGCUCGAGCUGCUGCGGCUGAAGACCUACCCCACGCUAGCCAGCUUCCGAACUAUUACC